AGGCCGUUUGUUGACGCGAAGAAGCAGUUGAUGAAAGUGGACGAGACGCCGCGGUUGGUGUGAUAAUUUUUUAUUUUAGUUUUUAAGUUUAAAAAUAAUUAAUGCCGGUGUCGAAAUUUUAUAGUAGGACACAAUUUAGAAAAGGCAUCUACAAAUGAUAUAUUAAGUAAAGCAGCAACAAAUAUUAAACGCUUUAUACUUGCAAGGCGCCUGCAAAUUUGAAUAGAAUAGCGUCAAAUUUCGGCUGCAACAACCCUCAGCGUCCAUCAUAUACCUUCACAGACAGCUACCUCACCCAAAAGAAUGGGACGCAGCCCAUCGCCGUCACAUCGGCGACGUGAAAAAGAGCGUUCCGAACGCAAAAAGCGGCGAGAACGCCGUUCUAGAGAACGAGAACGCCAGCGCGAACGUGAAACUGGUGCUGGUAGCAGUAGCCGUGCAUUGCGUAGACGUUCACUGGAUAGAGGAGGCGGUGGUGAUCGUGACCGAAGUCGCAGCCAUGAGCGGGAUAGAUCGAGCCGUCGGCGUUCGAGGUCUCGCUCGCGUGGUCAUCCAUCCACUUCGGCGUCAACGUCAUCGGGGCGACGUGGUGCUGCCACUGAACGUCCAAAAAUCACAGAAGCCGAUUUGGAGGGUAAAUCCCCUGAAGAGGUUGAAAUGUUGAAAACAAUGGGUUUCUGCACGUUCGACACAACCAAAAACAAGAAGGUCGAAGGUAACGACGUCGGAGAAGUGCAUGUAAUCUUAAAGCGCAAGUAUCGUCAAUAUAUGAAUCGCAAAGGUGGCUUUAAUCGGCCGCUGGACUUUGUGGCAUAGCGCGGUAGGGGAACGCGAAAAACGCGUUUCACAAACCGAGCGCUGCACAUACGGCGAUAUGUCGACGUACAUUUUUGUACUAAUUUUUUUUUUACUAUUACUAUUCUUUAGAAGUGCAACUGCUGUAGCAUCCAACGCUCAAGACUACUGCAGCAGCAUGCACUGACAAUCCUGCAAUUUUAUGCAAUAGACCGGUUUACAAAAUUCAAUUUUCAAAAUUUCCACCACAUAUACCUCAUUAAUAUUUUAAAUAUUAAAGCUUUUUUAAUUGCCUGUUUAAGUUUUCCCAUAGUAUCUAAGACCUAUUAUAAAUGUUAUGAAUGUGAGGUGUUGAAGUGCUGCUCGGAGUUUGAGGGGAUGAAAAAAGUCGACAUUUUGAAUUUCGACACUGCUUUGUCAAAUAAUCGUAUUUAUGAAAGCAUUAAAUCAACAAGAGCGCCUAUUUUAUAAUGAUGACUACUUUGAUGCGAAAAUUGCAUGACUUGACUAGCUGAGAGUAAAAUGAUUUUUAGGCCAUUUAAAAAGCUGAAGCUACAGUUAAAUUUUUUGUAUUUUUAAAUGGUAGACAAUUUUAGAUUAACGCGAGCAGCACAAUUUCACUCUUCUCAUUUAAAACUCUUGAAUUGCAAACUACAAGUUUACAAUAGUUUUUGAAUAUUUAAAGUAAUUAAACGAAACAUUUUUAUUUUUCUGUUACAACAACAAAUGAAAACAGAAAUGUGUCAAACUAAAAUGAAUUAAGGCGAAAGUGCGGCGCGUGUAGUUUAUGCAGCUUUUUCCACAUUAAUAUUUUUUUAGUAAUGCUUCUAACUUCUGGCAUUGAAAAUAUUAGUUAUCUUGUGGUUGAAUUCGUCAAAAAGAAGUGCACAGUUCGUAAAUUCGCUUUGUUGGAAACAAAAAUCGAAGUGUUGAUUUUUUCCUAAUUUUUUUUUUUUUAUUAAUCUUUUGUUUCACAUCGCAUAAGACGUUACCUGAACUCUUGCGCUUGAUUCAUUUUAGUUCCAUAAAGGAAGAAAAACGUAACUGUAACUCUGUUUUCGUUCCAUUUUACCAAAUUCUUGUUAUGAAUUAACCGCACAUGAAAUUUUCUAUUCACAACAAUUACUUGAAGUAUUUGAAAAUCACAACCAUACAACACAUUCCCACAAACCCGUAAACACAUACACAUACAAACAUAUCCCAACACGCAUUAAAAUGCAUAACUCCCCAAUAGUAUCCUCCACACACUGCAAUAGUACAAUUUUUAUCAAAAUAUUUUUUAUAAAUAGAGCAACUAUAUUUACACAAAUAUCAUAAUUAUCCCGAACCUUGAAUAUCCUACCCAACAUAACUACCCCUUACCCUGAACCCCAUACAAUAUCACCCACACUAACCCCCGAAUACACCCAAUUACAAUAGACCAAAUAUGCAAUAGCCAGGGAUUUUUUAUAAUAAUUACAAAAAAAAAAAAGAAAAAAUAUUGAAAAUAUGUAUUUAAACAUUUUUUAUAAAGAUUGAUAAUGUGUGACGUUUUUUUUUUAUUUCAAAAUACAGUUUUUGAACAGUUGAUUCACACGCAAGUGCCGUUAAAACAAAAACUAUAAAUAUUAAAAAUAAACAAUAGGCAAUAAUUUUAUAACAAAAAGCAGUAAAUGAUAAAAAGAAAACUGAUGUAAGCGAGCAAAGAGAUGAGUGAGAAAGAUAAAAUCGCAAUAGAAAGAGAGCAAUUACGCUGAUGUCGAUAAGAAAGAGUGGAACAUUUAAUUGUAGAAAGGAAAAGUUAACUAUAAGAUGAAAAUAAUGUCGAGAAAAUAACAGAAAAUUAAUUUUUUUUUAAGGUAAAGAAUUGAAAGGAUUUAUAAAGGGAAAAGAAAUAGAAACGAUUAUCUUUCACUUGAGGGCGACCUUUUUUUGAAAUUGAAAUUAUUCUUAACAUUUUUUGUAUACUUAUCGAAGCCAAAUACGCCGCCAAAGUGAUGCUCUGCUUGAGGCCCAAAUAGUAUUUUUUUUUAGGAGAAAAUGUACAAAUAGGGUGACGAGAAAGGAUAGGUAUUUCUGAAUGAAGAAAUACUUUUAUUUAAGGGGUAGAACAGGAGUAAGCAAAAGAGGCUUUAAAUAAUUCUUCUCAAACGAGAAAAUGUGCACAAAAAGUGAGGUACUUCAAUCGAUAUUGAAAGAGCGAUGUUAAUUUGAUGCAUAAAAGAAGAUUGAAAAUUAGUUUUUAUUUGAGGUGAAAAUAGAAAUCGGCAGAUUCGUACUUAUAAAUGCAUGCGACGUGACCGAAUGGAUUGUGCGUGACUGCAAUUCGAUAAGACCACCGUUGGACACCCCAGGCAUGAAACACUAAGGUAGUUUUUUUUUAUAGCGGACGCUCCUCCGCAGACAAUAGCGCAAGCCUCUGAGUGUAUUUCUGCCAAGAAAAUUCUCCUCAUAAGAAACCAUUUGUCGUUCGUAGACGACAUAAAACGCAAAUCCCUUUAUUUAUGAAAAAAAAAAAAAAACAAGAUGCAUACCACAUAUUGGAGGAGGAACUCGGCCAAACAGCUAACAACGGAUAUAUGCGCCAAUUAUUUAUAAUCGCAUAAUUGGGCCGAACAGGAGCAGGAUUUGCGACAAAAUGUCUACAACAUUCGAGUCUACGCAAUUAGAACGUUUUGGUUUUGCAACCAAUCGAACAAUUUUACUCUAACGACGAAGUAACAACAGUACUCGAGCAAAGCAUGCAAUAGUGGGAGUUAUCCAAAGUAGGAGUAAUCCACUGAAGGCGCCGACGACACAAAUUGCAAGGCAAAUCCAAGCGCAGCUUUAACUAAACAAUUGUGAGAUUAACUGCCACUUGUGGAAGCAAACUAUUUUUUGUUUUUAUUAUUAUUUGAAAAUUCCACUAUCGUGCGAAAGUAUUUUGUUGAGUAAAGUAUUCAACAAAAACGAGAGAAAUUACUAAAAUACUUAAAAUGUGUUCGUUAUUAAGACGAAGGUCGAAAACCCUAGUUUAGAAGAGGAGACCAGCAGAGGCCACUGGGGGAAAAAUGUGCUUGAAAAUGGCGCACAAAUACAGUAAUAUUCAGGUAGGGUCACUUUUUUUUAUAUCUAAGCUCUCACUCUCACUCAGUAACAGCUAAACUUUCUUACAUCAAUAAAAAGUAAUGUUUUUAACUGCAGUACAAUGAUUUACAUUUGUAAUUGUAAUUACAGCACUUACAACAGUAUGCAAAUCAGGUAUAUACAAAUAUAUAUGUAAUACACAUACGCACUUUUACCACCACAAAUCGAAAUAGUUGAGAUUUGGCAUAAAACUGAACGAUUUGGCUCAUACACCCCCACACACAUACACUUACAAACAACUUAGCUGUAGUUAAACGAAAUUGCAGGGAUUUUUUUUCUUUUUUAAUUUUUACUCUUACUUUUAAUAUUGAUGUUUUAUUUUAAUAAAAAAAUAACAUAUAAAAAAUAUUUUAUGUUUAAUUUAUUUAAUUUUGGUAACCAGCUCCUCUUUUGGUUUCAUUUAUUCUUAUGUAAAAAUAUGUAACUUUCGCAUUUUAUGCUUUUUACUAGUCUGGCGAUUUUUUUUUUUUUUUAAAUUGAUAUGAAAAAAUUAUUUACUGUAAAACUCUUAUUAAGUAAUUUAGUAUACUUUAUUUAGGUCUAAAUAUACAUACAAAAUGAAUUGUAAUUAAAAAAUGAAUAAAGCGCCAAUAAAGAGAGGAAUGAACUCUAAAAAAAUUAA